AUGUUUUUAAAUAUAAUGAAAAUAUGGAAGGGAAAAGACCCAGAUGCUGAAAUUGGAUUGUUGGGACAGAUUCAAAAGCUAGAAGGUCUCCAGAAACACAUUGCUAAUAGAAUUAAAUCAAGAGAGCCAAAAUCCCACAAUACCCCUGGCCCUGACCAGGAGUUUGAUUUGGAACAAAGUAGCAAGAAAAGGCAUAGCCUCAUUGCCAAUUCUGGAAAUCUCUCUACUUUACAUGAAGAAGACCAGCCACUUGAUUCAAAGGAUGAGAUGGUCAAGUUGAAUGACCUGUUAAAAAUCAUUGAUUCAUUUAGAGUUAGAAAUAGGAAAGAUCAUAAUCUUCCCAGCAAAGACAAGCAAGAAGAAAUUGCAUUGAGACUUCAGUACCAUGUGUUUGAAACAGCUGAUUACAUGUACCGACAGCAAUUGACAACUCGGGAGGCUUUGAAGAAGUUUUAUCAAUCAAAGGGCACAAAGGAUAUUGCUGCAUUCUGUAUGGUCAAAAACUUUGAAUUUAAAUAUGGAGACUCAGCAUUAGAUUAUGAUGGUACCUGGCUUUAUACCACCAAAGGAAUUCUCAGAAAUGAGAACUCCCUGUCUUACAGGAGUGCAUUAGAAGUGCUUGAGGGAAAGGAGCUUAGAUAUCUCAGUUAUGCAUUCUGUCGGGAGCUCCUAAGGAUAAUCCAUCGUGCUUUAUGGAUCCAUGAUCCUGAUCAAAAAUUUCUGCAUAUAUGCUCCAAAGGGCAAGUUGCGCGUGCUGUUUCUGGGGUGUUUUAUGUGAGUGUGGUAGUCGAGGGCUGGUUUCCGCCUUCGAGUGCCAGCAGUCGAACCUUAAACUCGACCAUCCCCAUGGCCAGCAGCAACCAGCUCCCCUUCCCCUCUGCCGCCGCCGCUUCCCCCCCAGCCAGCUCGGCAGCAAUGGCCAGCCAGGCCUCCGACCCCCCCAGCCGGCCCAGGAUGCCCUACUACACCCCAGCCAACCCCCGCCAGUUCUCCAGCUCCGCCGCCAAGCGCGAGUCCGUCAUGGCCCUCGGCUCCAUCGCCCAUCUCCAGCACUACUUCGUCCGCAAUGGCCUCGCCACAAAGAACAGGUCUGCGAGCCACAAGAACAUGAUUCUUGCCGUCCCGGGCCGCGACCCCAGCCAGCUCUCGGAGGAGGACGAGGAGGCCCUCCAGAACCUGCCCCCGGAGCCGGCGCCUCCCCCACCCAAGCCCAGCCAGCCCCAGUUCCCCGCAGGACGAGCCCUGCCCAAUCUCACCGACCUCGAGGCGGCCCGGCAGGAGGUCAUGGCCCAGCUGGACCAGGUCUGCCAGGCCUGGGGGCUCGUCCAGCUUGCCGCAACCAGGGCGCCCUCGGUGGCCUCGAACCGGUCGGCCGACGACGAGCUCAGCCAGUCCCUCCCCCCCUCCUCGCCCGGCUUGCAAAACCUGCAGCUCGCCCAGUUCUCAGCCUUCCCGGCCGAUCACCCCCUUCUUCUUCAGGACAACGAGGGCUUCAUCAUCAACCUCAUCUCACUCACCACCCGUGCCGUCCGCUCCGUCCAAAAGUUCAUCCUCACCAUCCCCGACCCCGACAUCUUCAGCCCUGCCAACAUCUCCAACCUCGGCGGCGACCUCCAGCGAAGAAUGUCCCACCUCGAACUCUCAACCGCCGCCCGGCCUCGCAUCUCCCGUUCCACCUUCCUCAGCGGCUCCUCCCGCACAUCCUCCCCCUCGCGGCCCGAGUCGGCCGCCGCACUCAUGUCUCGCCGAGCGACUGCCGGCUUCGAUCCGUUCGCGCUAUUCAAAAAGCGGGCCGUCUCGGGCCCGAUGAUGGCCUUUGCAACCUCGCAAGCCCAGACGACCAAGGAUGACCCGCUGGCAAUCCUACGAAAGAUGUCCUUGGAAGUCUUGUCAUGCCUGAAGAAUAUCGAACACAAGUUCAGGAUCCCAGGUUCAUCAACCCCCAUGGACAACCAAGAGUUUUCGAUCCUUCAAUCCUCCGAUCAGUCCCAAAAGGACAGUCCCCCGCGACAAUACCAGGUUGAAGCGAAGAAUGUCGAACAGCAAGACGAAGAUAACUCAGAAGGCUCUCUCGUCCUGCCCAGUAUGAGCUGGGAGUACCGACAGGAUGUCAGUCUGGAAGAAGUACGCGAAGAGGCCCUGGUCGUCAAAGAGUGGCUGGAAUGUGUGGAUGGGAUCCUGGAGGGAAUGAAGAUCAUCACUGGAAGUCGACGGAAGAAGAGCCAUUUGGAGGUCACCAAUAACCCGGCGAUCAGGAAGAAGAAAUCCACCCCGGCAAAAGACCGGAACGUGUUCAAGAAGAUCAUCAAGUCGUCCAAGUUCUCGUCGAGUCAUCCGCAGAACCACGAGCUCAAAGUGCCCGACAUCUCGCUCGACGACGGGACGACGACGGAGGAUGAGGCGUUCUCCGAAGUCGAGGACGAGGAAGAGAGCGAAGAGCUCUUGCCUAAUUGGGCCCGCAACGAUCGCUUCCUGCUCAAGGCUCCCAGACCGGACGACCCGGGCACUCUGGUCGAUGGCCAUGAGAAUGAUCCGUUCGGCCGACUCUUCAGCUGCUUGGUCAGCCAUCUGCCCCCCGAACUCCUCUCUCAUCUUGUCCCUCCCCACGGCGAAUAUGGAUCUAGAAUCGGCUUCCUGGACUCCUUGUCGGAUGGGACAUUACUAUGUCUAGCGUACAAUGCAGUUCUCCGAAAGUCGCAACGGCCGUGGGGCUUCAUCCCGGUCGAGAGUAUCCACAACCUAGUCGGUAUAGGAGGCGGGAUGAGGUCGCCGGAGGGCAUGAGUGAGCGGUCGUUGCGGAAGUCGAGUCUGGGGGCGAUCGACGAGCACGAGGGGGGCGAUGGCGACGGCCUCCGGAGCCCGGCCUCCGUCGGCUUUCAUUCACGAUUCCCCACCGCCGGCUCCGACUCCGCCGCGCCCUCGCCCUUCUUCUCGCCCUCCAUCUCCGCCGAAUCCGUCGCUUCCUCCUCCCUCACCGCCACUCACUCUAACCCCAACCAUCUCAAGGUCGGCCUGACCUUCCGCAGGAUGGAGAAUAUCAAAGUCUGGGCUGCGGCCUUGAAAUUACGCUACUUGAUCAAAGGCGACAUCCCGACCCCGAAGCCGACCACCCACGCGAGUCCGCCGCCCAGCCACCCAGCACGCGACCCGUCCAGUCCGCCCCCGCGCACCAUCCCUUCUCCCACCACCAACAACCCGGCCCACGAGUCUUCGUCCCAUCAACCACCGACCAGUCAUCGCAAAUUCGACCCGCGCUCGAUCGCCAAGAAAUCCGACGGCUGGGACCUCGCUUUGGGCUUCAUGGUCUCCAAAUGGCUCGAUUCUGUCAAAGCUGAGAAACGCGAAGAAGUCCUCUUUUCGAAAUAG